GAUCUGUAUAUGACCUAAUGGGCACCAAGAAGCAAUAUUCCCUAGGAGAAAGGUGGAUUUCUUAUAUUUGCAGAGAGGUGUUACAGGGCCUUUGUCAUCUGCAAAAACUCAAAAUUAUCCAUCACGAUCUAAAACCUGAAAAUCUGAUGCUUACGAAAUAUGGAGAUGUAAAAAUAGUUAAUUUUGAACAUGCAACAAUAGGAGAAAAGAGCGAUAGCAGCGCUGGAACAGUAUGCUACAUGGCACCAGAAGCACUUGGCUGCUUGCGUAAGAGUGCCGAGUAUGACUAUAAGGCCGAUAUAUGGUCUUUGGGGAUCACAGCCAUCGCUAUGGCACAAGGAUAUCCCCCAUACAGCAACGAACCGGAAAAGAGAGUGAUCAAAAAGAUCAUUUUUGGUCCAGCUCCAGUACUAACAUGGGACAGAUGGAGUGACACUUUCCACUCUUUUGUUGACAAAUGCCUGCAAAAAAAUCCUAACAAGAGACCAACUGCAGAGAAGCUUUUGUUACAUCCCUUCAUCACAGAUAUCGGUGAUGUAAAGGGUGUAAAAUGGUGCAUUUCAAAACAUCUGGAAAUGACACAAGAAUCACAGCUAUAAAGAA